AUGGACGAAGCAAGUGCGGAUUUGGCAAGCUCGCAAUCCAGGUAUAAGUUAAAAUGUUUAAAUUUGGCCAAUCGUUAUUUAUGUUGUUCUUCUGACAUUUCAGGAAAGACCGUCCGUCUCCAAGAUUUCGGCGGAUUGCUUGCGAAGGCAAUUGACUGCUCGUUCAAGCCCGAAUUCGCAAUAAACGGAUUCCGAGCUUGCGGCCUGUAUCCCUUCGACGAAACGGCAAUCGAUUUUUCCAAGUGCAUUGCUGGGAAAAAGAACAAGCCGAAAUCUGGUGGUUCAGUAACUUGUCCGCCGCCCGUUUCGGACACUGUUCCCGUACCACGUGACCUGUUGAAGGAAUUCGUUGAUAAGAUCAACCCAUCGCAAGCCGCGUUGUACCGUGCAGUUGAACCUGAUUUCUUCGAUGAGGAUGCCGAGAAAAUCGUGUGUUCGCUGUACAAAAACGUGCUGCAGAGUCUAGAUCAACGCGAGUUUCAGGGCAUGAAUGAUGAAGCGGAUUCAGACGACGACGAGGAGGACGUAAUCGCGGACAGAGCAGAUGACUACUUCAUGAAAGAAGAGUUCUUGGAUGAUUUUGGUGAAAUCGCGAAAGAGGACAACGCGAGUUACGGGGACGAUAGCGAGGCCAAAAGCGAGGCCGACGGUGAUGCACCUGGCAACGGCCGCGACUAUGGUCUCGGCGACGACGCUGACGUAGCUGCCUGCAAUGGGUUCGAUGAUGACUCCGGUGAUGGCUCCGGUGAUGGCCCCGGUGAUGGCCCCGGUGUCGACGCUGACGUCGCUGCUUGCAAUGGCCCCGGCGUUGACUUCGGCGAUGGCCCCGGCGACAAAGCUGGCGAAGCUGAUGGCGGCGCACAGCACCAUGAAGUGAAUGAACAGCACACUCGACCGGAUGCGUACCUACAGGACCAUCAGCAAGAAUUGUACGACCCAUCGGAAUCAGAAAACAUCGAGAACAUGGACCAAGCUCAAGAUCAAAGCAUUUUGAGUUUUUUGAGCGAGCCUAGUACGCCCAAGAAGAAAACAAACCGGAAGUACAAGAAGCCCAAAAGCCCCCCUGUGUUGACCUCACGCAAGCGCGUUGAGCUUCAUCGCAAGAUCGCGGAAGAAAAAGCCGAAAAGGAGCAGCUGAAGGAACAGAAACGGAAGGACAAAGCCAAGCUCGCCGAGGAAAAGAAGCUUCAAUUGAUCGACAAAGCUUCGAAACGCCUGGAGCGUUUGAAGAACGAACUGAAGGAAAUCAAUUCCUAAACCCUGACUGAUUUUAUAUGUUUGUUUCUAACUCACAAUUUGAGUUAAUUGAUGAUUGAUUUGAUUGAUUUUUUCAUUACCAUUGACUUUCUAUAACCAUACAUAUUACAGCUCGGUGAGCAAAGAAUAAAACAUUGUUUGUAACAAACUAAAAUGAGUUUUAAUUUAUUUCAUAAAAAAUUGAUUUAUUUUGGCAAACAAUAUGCUGUUCCCAGCAACGAUGACUAUUGCAAGAUGAUUCUUACCCCAUAAAGGUUAAACUAGCUUCACGCUCACUUGACUGGAUCAAAAAUAGACAGAUUAUACUGCCCUUCAACUCAAGCCCAUGGGGUGAAUCGGGACAAUAUUUUGAAGCACAUACUAAAUUUGAAACGGUGCGUAAAAUCUUUAAUAUGAGAAACCAACAUUUUCAUUUAAAAUUGUGAACAAGAACUAGUUAAAAUAGCUGUCCCCAUUCACCCCAUGCAUACCAAUUCGCUCGUU